AUGGCCGACGCGCUGCUUUCCAUACUCAACACAUUUCUCGGCACGUGCUGCGCCAACACCCAGACUCUGGACAUUGGCCGCCACACAUACCGCGUCUCGCAGCAGCUGGGCGAAGGCGGGUUCAGCACAGUCUAUCUUGUUGCAGACACAGAGCGUGGUUCCCAGUUCGCAAUGAAAAAGAUCUACUGCCACACGCCCGACAUGUUCGCCAAGGCCCAGCAGGAGAUUGCAGCGUACCGGCGGUUCCGGCACCGCAACAUCAUCAGGACUGUGUACAUGGUCCUGCCGCUGUACAAGGAGAAUCUGUUUGACGUGACCGAGCACAGCAGGGCGUCGGGGAUGUGCUGGCCCGAAGACAAAAUAAUAGCGUACCUCCACAACUACGGCAAGCACCAGGGCAGGCCAGGGCUGCAGGCGGAGCAGGAGAGCGGCGGCGACUCAGAGAGGCUCUUGGACACGGCAGCGGAGGCUGGCGGGGAGAAUCCACAGCAGAAGCCAAGCAGGCGUGGCGGGUACGCGCCCGUAGGCAAUGCUGACGACGCCGAGCCGACAGUCCCGAAUGGCCCUGUAGCCUCGUACGCGCACCGCGACAUCAAGCUGGCCAACGUCAUGCUGGCCGAUGACAUGACGCCGAUUCUAAUGGACUUUGGCAGCCUGGCUCCGGCACGGUUCAGGGCCGAGACACGCACAGAUGCGCUGCGAAUCCAGGACGACGCAGCCGAGAACUGCUCGCUGCCGUACCGUGCGCCAGAGCUGUUUGAUGUGCAGCGCGGGGCCGAGUUUGAUGAGCGCACGGAUGUGUGGUCGCUGGGGUGUCUGCUGUUUGCGCUUGCUUUCAACCGCACGCCGUUCGAGGACCCCUUGGAUCCGGACAGCCCGUACUCGGCACGGCUCAUGCAGCUCAUUGACUUCAUGAUGGAACCGGAUCCGCAGAAGCGGCCGUUUAUUGAUCAGGUUAUUGCAAUGACUCGUUCGCUGUACCAGCGCUAG